GGUUCCGCCGCGCGGCUCCCGCAGCGCGUUCCGGGCCGGUGGCCGUUAGCGGAGAGCCGGAGAGAGAUGGCGCUGCCGAGCCCGUGGCGCUGCCCCUGGCGCUGGCAGUGAUGCUGACCUGCCUGGCGCAGGGAUCGCUGCUGGGAGCGGUGCUGGGCGCGGGGGGUGCCUGGUGUGCGGUGCGGUCCCGCCCGCCCGCCAGGCGCCCUCCGGCCCGGCGCUCUCCGGCGCGGUUCCUGCCCCCCCGGCGCCCUCCCCCACUGCUCCUGCCCCCCUACAGGCCCAGCCUCAUCGCCCGGUUCCCGCCCCCUUGGCUCCAGGUCUACUACCGCCUGAGGGCCAAAAGGGCCGGUAACUGUGGUCUGGCCGCAGGCGCCGGCCUCAGUGUCAGCACCCUAUCCCGCGGCAACUGCCUUGGAGCCCCGCUGCAGACCGUGCGCCGCCAGGACCCGCUGCCGCCGCGCCGGAGCCCUGGAACGGUUUUCCCGACGGAGAAGUGGAUGCAUAUGAGGAUGUCCCCACAGCCCAUCGCAGGAUCCUGCUUUGAUGUGCCUCUUGGGAAAGGAAGGCAAUGGGAGGUGCGGAACCCAAGGAGUUUCGCACCAGGAACACCGAAGAGGGCUGUGCAGACCGAGGAAGCUGUCGAGAGGCCUGAGCAGAAGAGGCAGGAGCGCCCGAGCCCACCACCAUCACCGGGAAACGGAAGGCCACGCAAGAGGAGCAUCUGCCUGCUGGUGCCUUGGGAUAAUGAACCACUGGUGCUGCCCCCUGCGCCUGACCCGGGCUACCCCAUCACGCCGGAGAUCAUCGAGGAGGAGAGGAAGGCAGCACAAGAGCGCUUGCGUCGGCUCUUGGGGCAUAAGUCUGAUGUGGUCCCCAGCACCGGUGGGGAAGAUGUGUCCCUGGGCACAGCCACCGCCCAGGGCUCCUCUGGCACCAGCCAUACAGAGGCAGCGUUUUCGAGCACGCCGUCGGAUGUUUCUGGGCUGGCCGCUUCCACCACCAACGGCCAUAUGCACAUCAGCCAGCCCAGAAGCAGGAGCCCGCCCGUGUUAGGAGGAACUCCUGCGCCCUUCUUUGGCCAGCGCCCCUCAGACCUUGGAAGAGUCAUUGCUUCCUCUGGCAGAGAGGGAGUUGGUUCGUCCACCCGCGCCUCGUGCACCCCGGCAGGAACCAGGACCCAGGGAAGUCGCAAGCGGCAAAAGGAGGAGGACCGCUCCGAUGCCAAGUGGCCGUUUGGACCUCCAGCAGCAAAACGUCGGCAGCUGUGACACCUGUUGAAGAUUUUAUUGUUCUAUGUUUGUUCUUGAGUUGUUCUAAUAUUCUUGUUCUACUGUUGUUCUUUUGUUGUUACAAUGUAGUUCUUUUGUUGUGACAAUGUAGUUCUUUUGUUGUGACAAUGUAGUUCUUUUGCUGUUAUAAUAUAGUUCUACUAUUGUUUUUACAAACAUUUUAAUGUGUUUUAGUAUUUUUUAACUGCCAAUAUCCAAUUCCCACCCCCCCCACCGCAUCCCCCCAUCCCCUCUUUAUAUGUCCCCGCUUAAAAUAAAGAGUCUGUGUUCA